UAUUUCCUCCUCGCUUGCUACUAGUUUGCCUUCACUUGUUCAGCCUUCACUCUGAGAGGAGGAGGAGGCUGAUAUAUGAUUGGCCAGGCGGGGACUGGUAGUCCGGAGGCUGGCAUUGAGAGGCUGGCGUUGAUCCCCGUGUUCAUGUUUACACCUUGCGGACGGGGAAGAGGCAAGACACACAGGGGCCCGGAGCAAAGUCGGGAAGUCCAGUCUGUGGUGUUCGAGGCUACCUGACAGCAUCACCCCGUGGUACUUCUUUUUCUUUUUUUUCUUUUUAAAAACUAAACCGAGUUUUUCUUAGUGGGGAAUCGGACCCUCUCGUUUGAUUGAAGCUUCCAUUCAGAGCAGCGAUGCGUCAAACUUUUUGGUGACUCUCGCUGCACCUCUGCACUCCCAGCCAAGCAGGGUACAAGUGGAGCUGGAUAUGAAGGCGACCAGGAAUAGUCCCGGCAGAUUGUUUCUUUAUAUUCACAGGGUGUGAUACCCGCGGACCUUUUCAAACUUUGAUUGCGCACGGAAAUUACACCCUUUCAGCCUUUCGCUGCUUGGUGAUGGAUGUGUUUUGAGCGGUUAUUUUGUUUGCGUCAACAGUCAAGAGUCAGCUAUUUACCAAAACAACAGCCGCCAACUCAGUUCCUCAAUUACUGGACUCGUUGUUGUUUGUGUUUUUUUUUUCACCCUGAGAAAUCAUUCAGACUUUGUUGGACAACAGCGCCUUGGUGUAUCAAAAGAUCCGCAGGUUACGCGGUGUGGACAACCACCCGGGACGAUUCGCGACGGCGUAGCCGGAAAAGAUGCGCUCUGCUCGGAUACAGCGUGACCAAGGUCUCGGUCCUCUGGUUCUUCUCCUCCUCCUGGUCGGGGGGCAUGUCGUGUCUGGCACUGAGAGCAGCGACUACAGCGAGGCCGAGGUUCUACCCGACUCCUUCCCAUCGGCACCGGCAGAACCUCUCCCAGAAUUCCUGCUGGAACCAGAGGACGCUUUCAUCGUCAAGAACCGACCAGUCCAGCUGCGCUGCCGGGCUUCACCAGCCACUCAGAUCUACUUCAAAUGUAAUGGAGAAUGGGUCAAUCAAAACGAUCACAUUACCAGAGAGAGCCUGGACCAGAUUACAGGUCUGGUGGUGAGGGAAGUGGACAUCUCGGUCUCGAGGACCCAGGUGGAGGAACUGUUCGGGCUGGAGGACUACUGGUGCCAGUGUGUGGCCUGGAGCUCAGCUGGCACCACUAAGAGCAACCGUGCCUACGUUCGCAUUGCAUACCUGAGGAAGAACUUUGAGCAGGAGCCUCUGGGGCGGGAGGUGCGACUCGAGCAGGAGGUGCUGCUGCAGUGUCGACCCCCGGAGGGCAUGCCCGCUGCUGAGGUGGACUGGUUGAAGAAUGAGGAUGUCAUAGAUCCAUCGCGGGACUCCAAUUUCCUGAUCACGAUCGAUCACGAUCUGAUCAUCAAACAGGCCAGACUGUCGGACACGGCUAAUUACACCUGUGUGGCUCGUAACGUGGUGGCCAAAAGACGCAGCAGCACAGCUACUCUCAUCGUUUAUGUGAGCGGAGGUUGGUCUUCUUGGACUGAAUGGUCAGAGUGUAAUGCUCGGUGCGGGCGGGGCUGGCAGCGUCGAACACGCAGCUGCACCAAUCCUGCUCCUCUUAAUGGAGGAGCCUUCUGUGAGGGCCCACCCGUCCAGAGAGUAACUUGCACCACACUGUGCCCAGUGGACGGAGGGUGGACAGAGUGGGCAAAGUGGUCGGCCUGUGGGACAGAGUGCACCCACUGGCGCAGCCGUGAGUGCCAAGCCCCCCCACCCAUAAACGGAGGAAAGCACUGCAGUGGCAGCAUGAUGGAGAGCAAAAACUGCACCGAGGGGUUGUGCGCACGAAAUAAAAAGAUUUCUAUUGAACAUGCAAGCCAUCCUCUGGCCCCAGGUAUGGGUGUAGCGGUCUACACUGGUCUGGUGGUGGCCCUGCUGCUGAGUGUGAUAAUGGUGCUGUGCGUGGGAGUGCUCGCAUACCGUCGCAGAUGCCGCCAUCUCCACGGAGACAUCACCGAUUCCUCGUCUGCGCUCACCGCCGCGUUCCACCCUGGCAACUACAAGCCUCCCAGACAGGAUAACCCUCACCCUCUGCAUCCUUCAGCUCCUCCGGAUUUGACAGCCACAGCGGGGGCUUUCCGUGGACCGCUCUUCUCCCUGCAGCAGGGGGUCAACGACAGCCCCCACAAAAUCCCCAUGACCACCUCCCCUUUGCUGGACCCGCUGCCCAGCCUCAAAAUCAAGGUGUAUAACUCCUCCACGCUUUCAUCCCUGGAGCUUCCCGCCGACAUGUGCAUAGGUGACGGAGAGAUCCUCAGCUUGAAGUCGGUGGGUACUGUGGGUAGAGAGCGGGAAUAUCCCGGCCACACGUUGUCCAGAGAGCCGGGCUUGAGUACCAGCGCCACCCUGGGAAAUCUGGGAGGACGUCUUACCAUCCCCAAUACAGGUGUGAGUUUGCUGGUCCCCCCUGGUACGAUCCCUCAGGGGAAGUUCUACGAGAUGUACCUCAUUAUCAACAAAUGGGACAAAACAACGUUGCCCUCUGAAGGCAGUCAGACUGUACUGAGUCCUGUGGUGAGCUGUGGUCCAUCUGGUAUGCUUCUGAAUCGCCCCGUGGUCCUUACCUUGCCCCACUGUGCCCAGUUAGACACACCUACACCUGACUGGACGCUCACACUGAAGACACAAACACACCAGGGGGCAUGGGAGGAGGUGCUGACUGUCGGGGAGGAGACCUUGUCGUCUCCGUGCUACCUGCAGCUGGAAGAGGAGUGUUGCCACGUUCUGAUGGAGCAGCUGGGAACAUACAGCCUUGUGGGGCAGUCCUGCCCUCCACAACCUGCCUGCAAACGCCUGCAGCUGGCUCUGUUCGCCCCCCGAGCACCAUGCCUCUCUCUGGACUACAGCCUCCGGAUCUACUGUAUCCAUGACACCCCACAUGCACUCAAGGAGGUGCUGGAUUUGGAGAGAAGUCUAGGCGGAGUUUUGCUGGAGGAUCCCAAGCCGCUGCUCUUCAAAGAUAGUUACCACAAUCUGCGCCUGUCCAUCCACGACAUUCCUCACUCUCACUGGAGAAGCAAACUUCUGGCCAAAUAUCAGGAGAUCCCGUUCUAUCAUAUUUGGAGUGGCAGUCAGAGGCCACUGCACUGCACCUUCAGCCUGGAGAGAGGCAGCCUGGCAGUGUCGCAGCUCACCUGUAAGAUCUGCGUCCGACAGGUGGAAGGGGAGGGACAGAUAUUCCAGCUGCUCACGGACAUCCAGGAGACUCUACCACCACACUCACCGCUCCCCCCGGGAGGCUCCUGCCUACCUUCCUCUCAAGUGGGACCGUAUGCCUUUCGCUUGCCUGACUCCAUCCGCCAUAAGAUCUGUGCCAGUUUGGAUGCUCCCAGCGCUCGAGGCUGUGACUGGAGACUACUGGCUCGCAGUCUGGGCUUUGACAGGUAUUUGAACUACUUUGCCACAAAGCCCAGCCCCACAGGUGUUCUACUGGACUUAUGGGAAGCUUGUCACCAAGGUGACGCAGACCUGGUCUCUCUGGCGACCGCACUGGAGGAGAUGGGCAAAAGUGAGGUGCUAGUUGUCAUGACAACAGAUGGCGAUUGUUGAUUGGUCAAGAAACAAGAGCGCAAGCAAGACAUUUUUUUUCACCCCCGUGAUGAAAAUAAGAAUACCUGCCUAUGAAUAUGCACAACCUGGCACAAAUCACACAGAGCAUUUUGAUUGCUUCACAUGUACUGUAUUACCUCUGCCUCAUCUCACCUUCCCAUAAUCAGCCACUGUAGCCACCAUAACCCAUUCCCAUGCAGGCUAUCGAACUGCUAACUUGAUUCAGUUUAAAUCCUCCAAAGCAAUGUUGCAUCUGCAAGAUGUGAAACCAAUUUGAGGGUAUCAAGGCGUAAAAUGAGUGUUAGAGUCAUCUGUCAAAUGUGGUGUUCUUCAAAAACUGAAAAUGGCAUUAUUCUUGUAUAUAAAUAACAGUGCUUUGGGACAAACAAACACAAGAAAAAUCCAUGUAUUCAACACACUGAAGCACGCACAAUAACACAGACGCUAACAUGGGAUUAGCCGUGUUUGAGUAGCAGCAUGAAAGUGCAUGAUUUAACACCAUCUCACCUCAUGGUAGGGGCUUUUGUUUUCUCCAUUUUCAUUCUGUGUGCGCAGUGAAUGACAGGCAGGACCGACCAGCCUGCAGCCUCUCUGGGCUACACACACUCUCCAAAACACACACACACACACACACACACACACACACACACACACACACACACACACACACACACACACACACACACACACACACGGACAAAAUGGUCAUUAAUCGUCUUUGAAUCAGACAGGCUAGGAUUUCUUGUCCAACCACUUCGACUGACAAAUCGUCUAAGGAUCGAACCCUCAAGGUUUGAAACAUAAAAAAGUUGCCUCUUUUCUUUGUGGUAGGAGGGUGGAUUGUGAAGUUUUCUUUUUCCUGUUUUUUUUAUGGAAUUGGCGAAAAAAAAAAAAACUAGACUGACUCUUUAUAUUGUACCAAGAAAUGCCUCAAAGCCUUGGCAUAUCAUUCCGACUCACAGGGGUGUUUCUCUUUCAUCUCUCCUUGCAUUCGUCUAUCGCUCUGCCACACUAAUCUGUUGAGAAUAAACUGGAGGAGAGCUUUCCGAUCAUCCCUUAAAAGUUUCCUUUGGGGAACGCUCUUUAAUUUAUUAUCCAUAUUUGUGGAUUGUUUGUGUGUUUUUUUUAAAUUGUCAUUGGUGUUACGAUCAUAUAGAACCUGUUUUAUCAUUUCUGCUUGUUUAGGCGACUGAGAUGCUUCGUAUUAUUUUUGAUGCUAGUAGAGCAGGCCAAAUGGGAGAGUUUGGUGCACGGUGGAUGUUGUGAAUAACAAAAAAAACAUUAUUUUUUGAAUGUUGUGCAUCUAUUCAAAAUGUAAAAUAUAUUCUGUAAGACGACAUUAGAGGUGGUCAAACGUCCUGGUGAAUUUGCUGUAUUUUGGGUGCAUUUUGCUUUGUUGUGACUCUACAGUUCGGAGAUGAUUAUAGAAUCGACCGCCUUGAAUCAAAUGGGCAACAAGGGACCUUGAAAUUUACCUCAACGCUAAUUGAAUUAUGCUACAGUCUGUUUUCUGUCCACCACUCGUCUACAUACGUCCAUAUACAUCGUCCUGUAACUCAUUAUUAUCUCCCUCGUCUUAGUUUCGUCAAAUCUCGUAGACCUUUUUUACUCAGCAGCCUGCUUUGUGGUCAGGGUCCUCCAGCUGUUUGCAUUAUCAAUAUUGUCCUGUCGGUUUUUGUUCGACGGGUAUUGAAAUGCUGUCACGCUGUAACAUUAUCAUUACUUAGAUUCUGUGUUACCGAGUCGUUCUCUCCCUCAAAGCAAAAAAAAAAAGAAGAAGAAAAGUGUUCAUAUCUUUGAAACCACAAAAACCAAAACACAGGCAGUAUCCCUCCUCUUCAGCAGUGAGUCAUGUCACUGUUUUGCGUGAAUGAACUGAGCGCGUGCAUGUGUGCGUGCGCGUGUGAGUGGGUAUGUGUGGGCAGGUGGGUGUGCACGUACAGUAUGUGCACAUUCUUAAGAUCUGUCAUUUCUCUUUGUAAGUGCUAUGCAAGUACAAAAGAAAAGUGAAGCAUUUUGACUUCUUUUGUUUCCUGGAAGAGUAAUUCUAUUUUUUCAGAUCAGGACAUUGACAGGGUUUUGAUUUUGUAUCCUAAAGUGGUUCAAGAGUGAUUUUAAGUGGGAAUUCUCCAUCUGGAUUGGAAGAAUUGGAUCACUGACCAGGGAAGCUACUACGGAAAAAAUCACAAGUGGAAAAAUAAGACAAAGUGGUGCAAUGGCCACAGUACAAGUUGUCAUACCAUCGUGAACUCUUGCCCUGCGGGUCUUUGCCGUGAAGAAAUACCUGAACACAGCCAGUUCAGUGCUUUGGGUCCCAGAACACUGCAGGACAUUUUUUCUUUCUUCAAUUCCUGUUACAGAGACUGGCUAGCUGUAGACUGCAGUGUUUAUUCGUCCAGAUUUCUUAAGUGUCUGCUGGAGCUUUGGCCAUAACUCUGGAUAAUUUAUGCUGGAGCUGUACUGGAUUCAAACUUGCUCCCAUCAAAGAGUCAAAUUCAGCCUUUGUUCACAAAGUCAGACAUUUUUACAACAAAAAGGAAAAAAAUACUAAAUGGAUUCAGUGACAUUAUUUUAUCUCUGUAAAGUACCAAUUGUAAAUAAAUGUCUAGCCUUCUUACCUGUAACUAAAUAUAAUUUUUAUGCAAUAAAUUAUAUUUCUUAGUUUAA